AUGCCUUCUAAAACUACCACUCUCGCUGCCUUCACCGCGCUUCCCACAACACCCUCCGCACAGCAAAUGGACGCAAAUAUUCUAGCUCUCCUUACACGUUCAAUCAACAUCCCGCUGCCAGCGGUGGUGCAGAAUACGCCUCCUGCAAAACUUCAGUCCGCUUCCAUUGCGAGUAGGAAGAGGCAGCCGACGUCGAAUACGCCUCCGACACAGGUUUGGUCUGCUCCGGUUGUGAAUAGUAAAAGGCAGAGGACGGAGAGAGAGGGUUGUGGUGUAGCAAUGGAUUAUAGUGGUUUGGGGGAGGAAACAGAAACGGAAACUGAAGCUGAAGUGGAACUGGAAAUAGAAGUGGAAGCGCAAGACACAGAGACAAAAGGACAAAAAAGUCUUAUUUUGCGCUUAAAUGAGAAGAAGCCGAGGGUUUAUGAGACUUCGAGGUCUGUUCUAGCCGUGGAGAGGGAGGGUGAAGCGGCAUUUACUGCUGACACCACCACCACCACUACCACUACUACGGCUGGUCCCGCUCUCGCUCCCACGAGAUCUUCCCGAAGGAAGAUAGCGUCAAAACCCAAGGGCAAGACCAAGAGUAAGACCCCGGAAGAUCGUGGCAGUGUUGGUGCUGCUCCUGAAGACGGAAUUACACUUCUUCUCGCAGCUGCCCAACUAUCUCCAGCCGCCCGCCAAGCCACUGCGAUACCCGCACCAGUACCAGCACCAGUACCAGACCCGGCACCAGCACCAUCAGCAACAGCAUCAUCAGCAACAGCACCGGCAACAGCACUCGCGCGAGCACCCGGACCCCGCAACCCAUGCAACACGCGGGCAACCCGCAGCGCCGCCCUCCCCACCCUCGCCUUCCAAAACCUGUACCCCCCACCAGAACCCACAUCCACCCGCAGGCCCACCACCACCACCCCAAAAAACACUCCCUUACCCCCAGCCAUAUCGCAUACAGCAAAAGCGUACGCGGCAUUCUUCCCGGGAGAACCGGGGUUCUAUGAGGUGGAAGAUUGGAAGGGGAAGAUGGUUUGGGAUAACGUGGGGAGGAAAUGGGCGGUUAGACAAGAGGGGGAUGUUUAUGUGAGGAGGUAUCUUGGGUAUAUUGAGCAUAGGAGGGUGAAGUUGGUGCGGGAGGAGAUAAUGGGAGGGGGGAGGGUUAGGAGGGGGAGGGGGUGA